AAGGGUUGAGUUGUCAAGUUGUUGCUCGGGCAUUGGGUCAGGUUAGGAUCAGUUUACAUAUGAUAAUGACAAGAAAAUGGAUUUAGAAUUAUUGGAAAGUAAAUUCUGUGGCACAAUGCUGGGCGUCUUGGUCGGCGAUUGCCUUGGAAGCACAUACGAGGGCCAAGACACUCUAUCAAAUCGCGAGAAAAUGAUUUUUCAACAAUUUCUCGAUAAAAUGGAGAGAAGCUGUCUCGCAGAGCUUAUCCUGAAGUAUACAGAUGACUCGGCAAUGACAAAAUCUUUAGCCCAGUCGUUAAUUAAGAAACGUGAUGUAGAUCUUGUUGAUAUAGCAAAACGAUUUGUGAAAAGUUAUGAUCAAGAGCCAAAUCGUGGUUACGGGACUGGUGCUAUAAAUGUACUUCAAAAAUUACGCGAGGAAAAAACAGAUAUAAAAAAACCAGCAAAAGAAUUAUUUGAUGGUUCAGGUUCUUAUGGUAAUGGUGGCGCAAUGAGAAUCGCUCCUAUGUCAUUAUUUUUUUACAACAAUUAUGAUAAACUUUUACAUUAUGUCAGAGAAGUAACACAGAUUACACAUUCGCAUAAGCUGGGGAUAAAUGGUGCUAUUUUACAAGCUAUAGCAAUUCAACAAAGUCUCCGCUUAAAUCCCACUGAAGAAUUAAAUGUUUCUAAUUUUCUUGACGACCUCAUAGACAAAAUGGAUAAAAUUGAAGUUGAUGAAAGUCAGCCGUACAAGGAAAAACUAGAUAUAAUAAAGACCCUACUUUCUGAGGACGGUGAUGGUCCUGAUGAUGAAAAGGUAGUUCAGAAACUAGGUACUAACAUCACGGCUGUAGAAUCUGUUCCCACUGCAAUUUUUUGCUUUCUAAGAGCACAAAGACCUAUUAAAGGGAUAAAAACUGAUAAUCCCUGUAGAAGAGCUAUUCAAUAUGCUAUUACAUUGGGGGGCGAUACAGAUACAAUUGCUAGUAUGACCGGCGCAAUAUCAGGUGCUUUCUAUAGCAAUCGCAAGAUCGAUGAACUAAAUAUCUGGAAUUUUUGCGAAGGAGAAAAACGGUUUCGAAAAUUGGCUAAACAGUUGCUUGAUAUAGCAACGUCCAACGAUUUAAAUAAAUGAAUAAUAUAUAUCAAAAAAUAAAAAGUGGGCAGAUUUUAUUAAAAUUAAUUAAAUUAAGCGUUUAUUUAUAAUUAUUAUGUAUAUUUGAUGAGCACCAAUAUUGAUUAAUAACAACUCUGUUAAUGCAGA